AGACGUAUAUGUUUUGGUUUUUCCACAUCGUAAAAACAAGAUUUCAACCACAUUCUUCAGUCGCUAGAACCGGCGCGGAACGAUCUUUGGAGAGCAUAUUGUGAACGUCGCCGCGCGUAGUAGGCAGGCAGGGCUCGGAAGAUCAACAGGCAGUAUUGGCGUAACCAUGGUGAGGUGGCAGUAUUAUUCACAGCAUCGCGUCGUAGCUUGCUGAGAAGGACGGAUGCGAGCAGUUUGAAAAUGUGAGCGCACGCAAUUAGGCGUGGAACGGUCUCUUCUUUCAGUAUAUACCAUCACCUGAACGUGCAAGUGUGAAUGGGCUUCUGCAGGAAAUAGGUGUAACUGAAUUUAGUAUCUUUUCCUACUGAUGAGCUGAAGAAUUUCGAGAAGCCGGAAGAAUAACACAUUUAUUGUGGUGUCCACAAAAAGGUGGAAAUCCGUCACAAUUAUAUUGAGAGAAGCAUUGGUGGUUGAUGGUUUUAAAAAAUAUGAAAUUGUUUGUGAUGAAGGUGUGUUUGAGUGAAGCAAAAGAAGUUCCGUGUCGUCAUAAAUGAGUUCAAGAAGACGUAGAAAACCAAAUGUGCUAAAGUUUUCCAAAUGUGCUCAUUAGUGGAGAUGAAAGCGCUUAAUAUGAGUGUAGUUGGAGUAGCAAUAUUACUAGCUAAAAGCGAGCAACAGUGGCAGCAUCAGUACUUCAAGUGCCGUUAUAGUGAAAAUGUAAUCCACUGGGAACUGGAACACGUUAAAUGCUGAAACACAUACACUCUGGCCCCGUGUCUGGUCAAAAUAGAUCUUCACGGGGUCUUAACCGGGCGGCUCAACCACUGAAUGUGUCGACCGUGUCGGCCAAUUCAGUGACACCGUGCUCAGCGAAACAUAUGAAUGGUGGACCUCCUAGGUUGUUGUCAUCAUUCAUAACUCCUUUACCGUCGGUCUCGUCGAAUAGCAAUAACCUUAAUGCAACCAACAAUAACAACUCAACAACGAACAACAACAUCCUGAGUAGCACUACUGUAAAUAUCAAUAAAAAUAGACUAGGUGCGCGAGAAGCUUUAACAAGCUUAGGAUUAUUAUGUCUAGUGUCUCUUUUGUUAGCUUUAUUAUCGUUAAUAUUUUUGUUGAAAAUUUCUCCCGGUGGACGCGAGCCACCACCACCGACUGUUGGACCUGCAGUAUUGGAGGACUACGCGAUCGUUUACGAUGUGACGCUGGCGCUAUGUGCCCUUUCGCUGUCGUUGAACCUGUGCUGCCUGCUGGUGUGUGCCAUCCAGUUUUUGUUUGCUGUUAAAUUAGUUCGUGCACCUGCAACCACCGGAAGGGGUAACAAAUAUCUUCAGAAAUCGAGCGUCAGCCGAGUGUGUGCUGUUGGUGGAUUUUUCAUUUCAAUUCCAAUUUUCUUAACAGGAAUCAUUCUCUACACCUUUACACAGUUUCACUCAACACCGGCAAUAGUGACAAGCAUUCUGAUCGGCGUGGGUAUCGUAUUUUGUGGUGGUGCCAUGGUGCACAACGUUUUCGUGUGGCAACGUGAAAAAACCAUCAGUGUCCGCCAGUCUCCGAUGAACUUGAAUCUAACGCUUUCGCCGCAGAUUAGCACGAUUUCGCACCCAAUGCAAUAUCUCAAUCAAAACGGGCACGCGACCCACAUGGCACUGCAUCAUAGCCACGCGAAUCACAAUCACACGCCAGUGACCCAGCUGACUCCGGUGACUCCGCUCUCGGGGAAUCAUUCCCAUAUAAGCUUCAACCACUCGGCGUAUCUGCCAUCUUACGGAGGCAUGCGGGCAGCAACGGCAACACCACCGACUCCUAAGGUUAAUGCAUUGAUGGGUCGAGAUGCGACCGGAUCUGUUAGUCCGGGAAUGCCGACUAAUCUCAAUGCGACCACUCUCGAUAUAAGUAACGUAACUGCCACGAACUCACCGCACGAGCUCUCUACGCUGGUGUGAGACUGAUGUCGCUCUCAUGUGAUUGGAAUUAUGAAUGCAAAGCUGAAGGUUACAUUCGAACGGAAUGCUUUUCCAGCAGAUCAGUUCCUUAAAAAGGAUCAGUUUAAAAUUGAGGAUGGAAGUUGCAUUUUAUCUCCGAUAAGACGCCGUAACAAUACAAAUUUGAGCAUGUUUUACACAUCAUCCGUAUUUUUUAAAACUCAGCGGUAGGAUACCGAUAAACGUAAUGUACAAAGUACCAUCGUAAGACGUCGACUUAGUGAUAUCUCAUAAGUGUACAGCUCGAUGUGUAAAGACAUUUUAAAGUAGCUAUUUAUUUAUCAUAUGAAUGUUCUCUGUACCGCAGCUCGAGAUAGGUUUUCAAUUUUAAGGUUGAUCGCCGUACAGGACAAUUUUUAGUACGAAUGUUUGGGCAAGUGAUUGUGUAUCAAAAAUACAGAAAUGCUGAAAUAAACGUUACAUUUUUA